AUGGAUCACCACCUAUACGGGGACCCGUCCGCGAACAGCUUCUCUCCGCUGGAGGCGCAGAUCUUCUCCGGCCAGCUGCCACCGUCACCGCCGUGGCCGAAUCUCGACGUUGACCUCGACCUGGACCUCGACGUUCUCGAGGACGACAUCGUCCGCGAGCUCUCCGGGAGGCCGGCAAACGCGGCAUUGUCAGGCUCCGGCUCCGGCGGCCCCGGCUCCCACAAGAAGCUCAGUCACAACGCGUACGAGCGCGACCGCCGGAAGCAGCUCAACGAGCUCUACCUCUCUCUCCGUUCCCUCCUCCCGGACACCGACCACACUAAGAAACUGAGCAUUCCGACGACGGUGUGUCGAGCGCUCAAGUACAUCCCCGAGCUGCAGAAACAGGUGGAGAAUCUGGAGAAGAAGAAAGAAAAACUGGCUAGUGCCAACUGCAAACCAGGGGUACUGAGCGUGAGCGGCAGCAUAGCUCCAACUGUGUCCGCUACUUGCCUCAACGACAAGGAAAUCAUGGUUCAGAUCAGCGUGUCAAGAGAUACGGAUGCUGCUACAGCUCUACCUCUUUCCAGGUGUAUCAAUGUACUGGAGAACGAAGGACUUCAGCUCAUCAGUUCAUCGACUUCCUCCACCUUUGGGAACAAAAUGUUCUAUAACCUCCAUCUUCAGGUUGCCAAGUUAUUCACAGUUCUUCAGAAGAAAUUUGGAACCUACCGUACGUACACUAGCCCUGCAUUCCAAAUCCACAAGAAAAUCAUGAUUUCACGUUCCAAUGUGACUGUCAGCACUGUCAUUGGAAUUGAGCUUCAGAGAUAA